AAUUAAAAGUAUGUACUUUCGAUGUCGUGAGCACAUCGCGUCGUAUUUUGCGGCGGACGGGACAAUAGUGAAAAAAUAGUAUGAAAUAAUACUGAUUCACUUCGCUUUAAUGGAUAAAAAUGGAUUGUUUACUGUUACAUAAAUCACCAGAUGUUGCUGCAUAUGAUGCAUAAUGUGAUUUUUUUACAUCCGAGCAGCAUAUAUCAUGACUUUUCAGAACCUCAUUCCACUUCUGAUUGUUUCAUUCUACUAAGACAUUAAAAAGUGAGAAAUGCUGGUCUCAUCUUCUCACGCUUCAAGCCAUGCUGCAUUUUCACGAAAGUGCAUCCUCACUCUUGCUGUUGGAAUCACUUUUGGAUUUAGUUUUGCUUAUGUUUUACUCAGUGUAGUGGCCUGGGAGAAGACGGAUUAUUUUUCAAGUGCUCUCUGGAGUAUAUCACCUCUAGAUAAUCAUUUGCAUCAUAAUGAUCCUCAUUCGCAUGAAGAUUUAAAAGAUGCUGCUGGUCCAGAAUCGCCAGUUUCUUUUCACAGGUCAGAUGAGGAAUUUCAUAAAGGGGAGGCCGAAGUGGCUGAGAGGCUGGCCCGCAAAGUGCGCGUCCUGUGCUGGAUCAUGACAGGGCCGGACAACCACGAGACCAAAGCCAAGCACGUGAAGGCCACCUGGGGAAAGCGGUGCAACAUCCUACUCUUCAUGAGCUCCAAGGAGGACAACAGCCUGCCCGCCAUAGCGCUGGACGUGAAAGAGGGACGGGACCACCUGUGGGCCAAAACAAAACAGGCGUUCGCCUAUGUCUACAAACACUACUUUGACGCUGCUGACUGGUUCAUGAAAGCGGACGACGACACGUACGUCGUCGUAGAGAAUCUGAGAUACAUGCUGCAGUCCCACUCACCCACUGAGCCCAUCUACUUCGGAUGCCGCUUCAAGCCAUACGUGAAGCAGGGCUACAUGAGCGGCGGCGCGGGCUACGUGCUGAGCAAGGAGGCACUGAAGAGGUUCGUGGAACAGGGCCUACCCGACAAAGAAAAGUGUCGGCCCGAUGACGGAGGCGCCGAGGACGUCGAGAUGGGAAAGUGUCUGGAGAACGUGGGGGUGAUUGCCGGUGACGCAAGGGACAGCCUCGGACGGGGCAGGUUCUUCCCCUUCGUGCCGGAACACCAUCUCAUUCCAGGGCAUGUGCCAAAAGAUUCCUGGUACUGGCAGUACAUUUACUAUCAGUCUGCAGAGGGCAUGGAUUGCUGCAGUGAUAGUGCAAUUUCCUUCCACUAUGUCAGUCCCAACAUGAUGUAUGUACUGGAAUACCUCAUCUACCACCUCCGACCAUAUGGCAUCAGCAGUCAAAUCUCUCAACUCGAUGCUUCCCAGGUGCGCAUGCUAACGAAUGCGUUUACUAGUCCACGUCCACUUGAAGACUCUAGUGUAGUAUUAGACAACAUGAAUCACACAACAGAUUCGUAAUCUUCCAUUUAAAAUAGGCUAUUUACAAAUGACUAAGUUUCUGUGAUAAAAUAAUCCAUUCUUAUUUAAAGUUGACUCGCGUGGAUAGUAAUUCAUACUUUUCUAGAGUAUUAGUAUUGUAUUUAAAGUGUCCUUUAUGGUGCUGUUCUAUUUAACGAUUGGUCCUAAACGAAUCAGUUGUUUAUAUUGCAAUAAUGUCGGCAGCUUAGCUUCUCUUCCACAUUUCAACAUGCUGCCAUUUUAAUGUUUUUUAAAAUUAUAUUUUUGGGGGCCGGGGAUGAGGAUUUAUAAAGUUGCUGUUCAAAAUAGUAGGAGCCUUUUUAAAAUAAAAUAUUGGUUUUAUUAACAUUUUGAAUUAUAUAAAUUUUAAAACUUACAUACUGAAAGAAAUUAUUGCAUCAGUUUCUAAAUCAUAAUUUUACAAUAUCCACUCUUUGUAACUGACAUAGAAGAAAAUAAUGCAAUCAGUUAUGACAAAUAUUUAUUGAUUUUUGUGUUCCUGAAUGAAUGUCGUCUUUUCUUUGUCUUAUUUACAGUAUUUCGUUUUUAUUUAUUGCUGAUAUUUUUCCCCACCAACUUUAGUAAUGAAAUGAUUAUUUGCAGAAUUGUUUUAUCACUGCUUCGUCUUAUUUACAAACAGUAUUCAAAAAAAUAUCUUUCAUUUUGUUGUUGCUAUUCUUUUGUAUUUGUCUUUACAUUUAAUAUUCUGAACAUUUAUCUGUUGAAUUAUGAGUAAAGGCAUGAAAGAUACUUCCAUAUUGUAUAUAAAACUUCCAUUUACAAAUUUGUGCACAAAUUAAAAGUGAAAUUGUUAAUAUCAACUAACAUUCAUAUUUCAUUUCUUCAAAGCCUGAAAUUAAACUGAAUGUUUUUAUUAUUAUUAUAAAUAAUUUGACCAAUUCUAGUGUCUUGCAAUGAAUGAUUUUGAAACUGGAGUUUUACAUUAGUUGCUCACUGACCUAAGCAAAUAAAACAAAAAUAACUAUUAUUUAAUUGAAAAAAAAGACAAUCAAAAAAUAUUCUUUAUACGGUAUUUGUGACAAUAUAGAAAUUUAUUUAUUGCUGUUUUAAUUGUCUCACUGUGCAAGUCAUACAUCAUUUUAGGUAUGGGCAUCUAGUCAUUAUUCUGUGGAAAUUAAUGGUUUAACAUUCCUGUAUUGUGUUAUUUAAAUUUGUCUAAUAAAAUUCUAU